AUGGGGAAGCAUGUUGAUCGCAGGAGCGGGGAGGUGCAGACCUGGUUCGCGGCCAAGGGUUACGGAUUCAUCGCGCCUGAUGGCGGAGGGCCCGAUGUGUUUGUCCAUCAGUCGGCCAUACAAACUCAAGGCAGCAGGAGUUUGACUUCUGGCGAUCGGCUGGAGUUCUCGAUUGUAAAAGAUGCAGAGGGGCGGACGAAAGCAACACAUGUUGACAUCCUGCAGUGCGCUGGCACACUGGAGGAAUCACAUUUCUUGUGUCCUCAAGGAGAGAACUGUGGCCGCAAGGCCAGGAGUCAGAGAGGGAUAGGUGCAAAUUGCUCAUGUGGCCUCACAAAUCCCAUGAAGCCCUCGUGCAAGGCAUUGUCAGGGGCCUGGGCCCACGAGACCUCAAGAGCUCACAGAAGGCAUGACAAGAAAGGGGAGGCGAAGCGCACAAAGGAAGACAUCCAGGGUGGGCGCAGUCUUUCCAAUUGGGCCACCAUUCCCAUGGACGUCAUGUGGACAGCUGCCCACUAUGUUCGCAACUUGGCCGACCUUGGCCGCAUGCGGCUGGUCUGCCGCCACUGGCGAUAUGCUGUGAGCCUCAGCAUUCGCGAGCUCAGCUACCCCGUCCCAGCUGCAGAAAUCGCUGAGGAGUUCCCUUUGCUGUUCUACCUCGAUCUUUCUGGCCGCCAGCCUUGGAACCAUGAUGGGUCGCAGGAGGCACUGCUCAGUGGCGUCCAGUCCUUGUCCCGCCUUCGGCGCCUUCAGAAGUUGAACUUUUCUGGCUGGCCGGAGCUACAGGACCAAUGGCUGAAGGCCCUCACCCGCCUCACCAAUCUGCGGGACCUAGAUUUGUCACAGUGCCCCGAGAUCACCGAUUCCGGGUGGCAAAGCCUUUCAGAGAUGACGGCCCUCAAGGUGCUGAAUCUCAAGGGCUGCUGGCGGCUUCAGAGCCUGAGAUGCGCCCCUCUGGUGAACCUGCUGGAGUUGAAUCUGCAGGGCUGCACGAACAUCAACGACAGCAGUCUGGCAGCACUGACCAUGUUGGUGCACCUAUCGUUCUUGAACCUGUCGUCGUGUGCUAGCAUAACGGGGCGGGGCUUGCGCAGCCUGUCUUCCCUGAAGAGGCUGUCGUCCCUCAGACUGAAUGACCUUGGGGAGCUUGGGGACACGGAUGUUGAGGGCCUGGUGUCCGUCACCUCGCUGAUUUUCUUGCAGAUGGGAGAGUGGGAUUUGAGCGACAGUGGGAUAUUGGCGCUCGCUGGCCUGCCGCGAUUGGCCGACCUCGACCUCAUCGGCGCGGGAAUCAUGGGCAUCGCGCUUUCGUCUCUGACCACGUUGACGCGCCUGAGAUGCGAGAACUGUUAUCAGUUGGACGACAAUGCGCCGUUCUUCAUAGGCCAGUUGACGUCCCUGCAGGCGCUGUCCCUCCCAUCAUGCACCGAAAUCGGGCCGGAGGGCGUUACCAACUUGGUGGCGUUGCAGAACCUCACGGACUUGAAUCUGUCGGACUUGCCCGAUCUGGACGACGAGUGCCUGGAGCAAAUGUCCGUGCUGAGGAACCUGACGUCCUUGGACCUGUCUGGCACGCACUGGGGCGGCUUCUGUGACUUCACGGACAACGGCGCGCUGGCCCUUCAGGCCUUCACGAAAUUGAACACCUUGCGGAUAUCAAGGUGGGCGGGGUUGUCUGACAUCGGGCUGUCGGCACUGCAGAUCUUGACGCGGCUCAAGGAUAUGGACUUGUCGUGGUGCAAGGGUGUGACGACGGAUGGCAUCGCGUACCUGAAGCCGUUGACGGAACUUACGAGUUUAGAUAUUUCAUGGUGCCUGGGGCUCAACGGUCAGAGGGUUGCAGCCUUGCUGCCAAAUGUGAAGCUGCGGACUUAG